AUGAUCUUUCUCUCUCACAGACAUAGACGCAUCAGCAAGCCAGCCAAGUUUGACAAGAAGUACAUGGUGUUUGGAGAGAAGCCUGAGGAGGGAGAGACAGAGGCGGAGGAGAAACAUUUCCUGGCCAUGAUCACACGGACACUCAGGGACGCUCUAGAUGGUCUGCUGACUACUGCCGAGGUGUUUUACCGGCAAAAAGGCGCCCAUGCCGUGACUCGACCCCAGGCCCUUCAGGAGACGUUUGAGCAGUUCGCGGACAUCAUCACUCACAAGAUGCAGUCUUACUAUCAGCAGGCAGACCAGUAUCACAACCAGUGUUUGCAGGCUGUAACAACAUAG